AUGGUUAUUCAAGAAUUGGCGGAGAGGCGAAAGCAAUUGUGGGACAUUGCAGUGAAAAGGUUGCCCAGUGGCACUCUUUCGCAGCUCGGAGUUAAGCCCGGCACUCUUUUGGGGUACAAGGCCGCCCAGGUUUAUAAAACUCUGAAGACUAAAGGCAUUUCCACUGGAGACAUUGAAUGCAGGCAAGGCUGGCUUGUUUACGAAGCUGCGUCUCUGGACACAGAUCUUGCGGAUCGCCUUUGGGAUGUCGGCUUUCGAGAUGUGGACGACGUGGAUGAUCAGGGCAUGACUGCGCUGAAGAAGGUAUACAAGUACCCAAGAUACGGUCCAUAUUCGGCUCAGCGUUCCUUUAACAUGUCUUGGCUUAUUGGUAAAGGCGCCGAUACUCGUCUCUCUCCGGUGAUAUGCGAGUACACUGCGUUGCAUUUUCUGGGGGCUAUCUUCGGCCGCCUCUCUCAUCGGCCCCGCGAUCCACCUGUGCAAGGCCCAUCGAACUUCGAGAUUGUGAUGAACUUGAUAAUGUUAGAUGAUUCGCGCCACUCAUGCCGCUGCUACUGCUCCCCCGGUGGAUGUACACCCCUCGCGGUGUUUCUCAGUGAACUUAUCAAAACACAGGGGGCCUUUUCCUACACUGAAUCUAUAGCCAUUGAUGGUGUAGUAGAGGUGUUGUCAUCACUGAGCCCAAAGUCACCUGGAGCCUUCGAAAGAAGGAUAUUGCCGGAGGUGCUUCGACUGCUCACUUUCAAGACAUUGGGGAUCACCCACACAUGCGCCCACCAUAAAGUUCUGCGCUCGAGACUGUCGUUCCGGCCAUUCGACCCAGAAGACGCACAGGAAAUCCACGAAGAGGAGAAAGAUAUGAUUCAAGAACUGGACUAUCUUGUUCUGGUGUUUACAUCCGACUACAAAAGACUGGGCCUACCUUUUGGAGAAUUCCUCCGGGAGCACUGGUGCAACCGAAUCGUCUCGAAGAGUGAAUCGCUAAGCGAGGAACAAAAGCAUCAAAUUCAGGAAAUCGGCGUUAUUUUGGAGUGGACGGUGGAGAGUAGGCUGAUGCAGGGUCCAUGGAUUAUUUUGAAUGACUUUUAG